AUGACUCCAAGCAAUCCACCUCAGCCCAAAAAGUCCGCUGUCAAGCGAGGACGGCCUGCAACAGGCUUUGAUAAAAACCACGAGUUUCUACUGCACUGCCUUACUCAAUCAGGUGUCCGACUUUUGCUCAGUUUGUUGCAGGUCGACUACGCUGCCGUUGCAAAAUGUGUGGGCAUCUCGGAGAGACAGGCCCAACGCCAUUUUUAUUGGUUGAAGACGAAAAUCGCUAGCUAUGGGAAUGCUACUCUCACACAGGCUAAGAAGCAGGGUCAGGGGCAGAAUGAUAGCCAGGAUGGCCAGGAUGGGAACGACAGCUAG